AUGGUGAAAGAUGAUCUAUGGUUCAUUUUAACAGAGGAGUGUCCUCCCAUUCCUGGCUCUUAUGUAAACCAAAAUGUUCGGGUUGCAUACGACAUAUGGAUCAGGGCUAACAACAAAGCCCGUGCCUAUAUUCUUGCUAGCAUAUCUGAUGUAUUGGCCAAGAAACAUGAGAGCAUGCGUACUACUAGGCAGAUCAUAGAGUCUCUGCGUGGGAUGGUUGGACAACUGUCCUUCUCCUUGAUGAAAGAAGGGGGCUUUGUUAGAGAACAUAUCAUGGACAUGAUGGUCCAUUUCCACAUGGCAAAAGUAAACAGUGAUGUCAUUGAUGAGAAGGAUCAACUACAAGCUUACCAGACCAUGAUGAGAGCAAAAGGAUUGGAAUCAGAAGUAAAUGUUACUACUGCUGAGAAAAAAGGAUUGUCCUCCAGUAAAGAAGAACGAGGGGAAAGGAAAAAGCAAACCUAUUGGUAG